AUGGAAGUCGCAAUUCGGCGAUCUGUUCAGUGGCUUCCAGUUGCGGGACGAUGGACUCGUAUCUCAAUAAUGGGUACACAUUUUGAUGAGCAGUUUCGUUUUGCAACGAAAACUGCAUCGAUCGAGCACGAUAGUGACACACGAACGACUGCUAUACUUCUAAUACCAGGUAAUCCGGGUAAUGAGGGUUUCUAUGAACAUUUUGGACGUGAACUGCUCAAAAAUCUCGAAGCUGAGAAACAACGAUGUGAAGCAGCGAAGAACGAUAAUUACAUUCUUUACACGGUAUCACAUCUGAAUCAUGUACCAUUACCGAAUGAGUUACAUCAUCAAAAUAGUGGACAGAAAGAGUCUGGUUCAAUAUUACCGGAUUUGUUACGUUGCGAGUAUAAUGUUGUAUGCGCUGGGGCGUUAUUUCCAACGAUUGAACGUAUGGCUCAAUCGCCCAACGGUGAACGACUAUUUCCGAUUGUUUCGAAAUUGAACUGCUACGAUACGUUGCUCACCAAACCGUUAGUGUUUUGGUUGGAUUAUUUGCCGUUCACCAUCAGAAAAUGGCUAUGUUCAUGGGUAUUACCGUCUAAAAAUGUGCCUGAGUGUAUUUUUUGGAGUGCUGCUGAGUUGUUACGAUCAAAUGUCUUUCGAAAUGUAGUCCACAUGUGUACUGACGAAUUACACAAAGUAAAACAAUUGGAACUUGAUGCGACACUAUUGAAAUAUUCGGAUCGUAUACGUUUCUAUUAUGGAACAAGCGAUGCAUGGUGUCCACUUGAAUUUGGUUACGAAAUGAGGAAAAGAUUAGGAGAUGAAUUAGUUUCCAUAGACGAUUCGGAUUGUAAGCAUGCAUUCGUGAUCAGCGAUAAUGAAGUGAUGGCACGUAAAGUGGUCGAUUGGAUUAUUGUGUGA